AUGACCAAGCUCCACGCCACGCUGCUUGCCUUUGUCAUCGCCUCCUUCGUCAGUCGUACCCUGGCGGAGCAAGUCGCCCUCGGCACCUGCUACUCUACGGCCAACUGCCUCUACGGACAGCAUGGCGUCGUCUACGAUGAGAGCGGCGCGAAGACGACCAACAUCGAGAAUAGUAAUCCCAUCUGCAAGGGCUUCGUUGUCAAUCCCUUAAUCACCAAAACGACGUAUGCCUGCAAGGGUGGCUGCAACAACGACUGCGUGCGAGCCCCUGCGACCCUGUGCGCCUCUCCGACUCCGUCUUCGCUCAAACCGAAUAUGCUCAGUGCUGCACUCACCGUCCUCUUUGAUGUCCUCUUUGCCACGCACUUCAUGGCUGAACGCAUCUCGCCGGGAGCCUGCUACAGCACGGACAACUGCCUCAACGGACAGCAGGCCAUCGUCUACGGCGAGCGCAAGGAAUUGGCGACGGAUAUCUCGAAGAGCGUGACCUUCUGCAGGCGCUUCAUCGUCCGCCCGGAAAUCAAGGAGACAACGUAUGCCUGUCAGGGCGGCUGCGGCCACUUCUGCAAUCGAGCCCAUACGGGUCUCUUCUUGAUGUUCAACCCAGGCAGCAGCGCUACCGCCCGAUACAACUGCAUCAUUCGACAGUGA